CAUGUGACCUACAUCUGAGAUCGGGCUCUAUUUACACAGUUUCUCAGAAUCAUCUAACCGGAUCUAGACUUGCCGAUUAUCAUAUAAACUGUAACGGUUGUUUUUGGCCCUCUACAGUGGUGGUUUGUACACGUAACAGAGAAGCAGCUAUUUCGACAUUAGGAAAAGACAAACUAUACUAGUGAGAAAAGCUGCACAGAUCUGACUUACAUCUCAGUCAUUUUUAGUUUGUGUGCCUUUUAAACAGAAUGAGUGUAUCCAGAUCUGCCAGUAGAACCAUAAUGAAGGCGAUACGUGUGGCACAGUUUGGGGGACCAGAGAUGAUGAAAGUCGAGGCCAACCUGGCCAUACCUAAACCCUCUGAAAAACAGAUCCUUAUAAAAGUGAGCGCAGCUGGUGUCAAUCCUGUGGAUACCUACAUUCGGGCAGGGACCUAUGCCAAGAAACCAGACCUACCCUACACACCAGGGUCUGAUGUUGGUGGGGUCGUGGAGGAAGUUGGGUCAGCGGUCACCAAGUUUAAGAAAGGUGACCGUGUGUUCACUGUCAGGACAGACACUGGAGGUUACGGUGAAUACACUCUGACCGACUCCGGUUUGGCCGGUCUGCUGGAUGACAAACUCUCCCUAGAGCAGGGUGCUGCCAUAGGCGUGCCUUACUUCACAGCCUACAGAGCUGUUGUCACACAUGGAAAAGCUAAAACAGGGGAGACAAUCCUGGUUCACGGAGCAAGUGGUGCUGUGGGUUUGGCAUGUGUACAGAUAGCUAAGGCGCAUGGCCUUCGUGUCGUAGGGACGGCUGGGACUCAGGAGGGACUUGAUCUUGUCACUUCCCUCGGAGCAGAAGCUGUCGUAAACCACAGGGGAGACAACUACACACAGACCAUCACCGCAGCAUGUGGUGGUUCUGGUCCAAACCUCAUCAUUGAAAUGUUGGCAAAUGUUAAUUUGGAAAAAGACCUGCAGAUGGCAGCACAAAAGGGACGUAUUAUUAUUGUGGGUAGUAGAGGGACAGUAGAGGUCACUCCCAGACUGACCAUGGGCAAGGAACUGACCGUUCAGGGACUUAUGCUUAUGGGAUCUACAGCAGAAGAAUGGGACCAGAUGCAUGCCGGGAUCAAGAAAGGGAUGGCGGCAGGUUGGCUGAAGCCCCACAUAGGCCACACCUACACCUUAGAGCAAGCUCCUCAAGCUCACGACGACAUCAUCAACACAAAGGGAGCAACGGGGAAACUGAUCUUGAAAAUAUAACUGGACUUUGCUUUUUCAUAUGUUAAUAUGGUUGGUGUCUCAAAGUAUAUUAAGGCAGAGAUAGAAGAACAAUGAGUGACGGGGAGUCCUGGUUAUGUUUAGUUAACCCUGACAGAUCUGGGUAAGCUUUGGUUAGCUUUGGUGAUUCCAUUUGGUAAGCCGUAUGCCAUGAUGAGAUCUGGUAGAUUAUGGUAAGCAUUGGUAAGUCUUGCCGGUUACCUUUGAAAAUCAUCAGAAAUCAUCAGUGUCUUCCAAUCAAAUCAAGAUACUGUACCAUACUGUACUGAUUAUAUAUAUGCUAAAUAACAUGUAAUCAUCAAGUUGGUAGAAGAAUGUAAAGCAAGAAUUUAACCAAAACAAAGUGAUAAAAUUCAUCAUUUCUCAAGUAUCAUGUAUCAAAAUGUGACGUCAACAAUGCCCCACACCACCCGUUACUGAAUGAUUCCUGUUUUGACAUUGAAAUCAAAUGCAUUUUGACUUGGUUUUGUAGUAAUUGUCAAUUGAUCAUAUCGUAGUUUAAGCAUUUUGUUGAACGAAACUUUUGGCAUCCUUGAAAUUCAAGGGGUCACACUCACAUACAUUCUCUGAGUAAACGUAAGUGAGCAUUCUCUUUAGCGAGUGUUACCCCUGGAAUAACGAGGACGAAUUUUUGGUAUAGCUGAUCGUUACGUGUUCUUCCUAAAAUGUUUCUUUUCAUAGAAGAUGUGCAGACAUCUAGGCUGGGUUACCCGUCACUUGUCUGUUUGCUUGUUGUGAUGGCCAGUAUUCAUUAUAACAUUGCUACAAUAGUCAGAAUGUAAUUUCAUCUUGCUACUGAACCAUACCACAAUGAGGCAUUAAACAUAUAUUUUAAUCACAGAACGCAUUUAUGAUGGUGUCAAUGUCUAUAUAUAAAUUGUGAAGUAUGUUUGUAUAACAGACUACAUGUUUGCAGUGAAUGUCCAACAUAUGCAUCAAAAGUGCUUUUAUAUGGAUAACUCAUUGUAUAUUGUAUUACUGCCGAAGUGAGUCCACGUAUUACUAGUCAAUAAAUAAAAUUUUAUGCAAUAAA